ACAAUCCUAGAUUAGAAUAUAAAAAGUACCUUGAUGUUGCCACUAUGAAAAUCAGCAUGAAAAAAACAUUACACCCACCAAGCAUUGAAAUCACUAAUCAGCCCGCUGUUGAAACCACUAACCCACCACUGUUGAAAUCAACUGCUGAAUUACUAACCCACCCACUAUUGUAA